AUGUUCCUGCUUUUCCUAAUUCUGGCUCUCCUUGUGCCAAUUUCCUCUGCUGAGGACUUGGAAACUCCACUAGACGAUAAAGAAACGUUUGAGACGAUCAACAGUAUGUACACUAAUGACUUGGUUUGGAGUGAUGAGUGGGCAAAAAAGGCAUUGGACUGGCUUAAGUCUCCAGACUACCGACAAAGUGUGGAAGCUGAUUUGAUUGUUGGAGGGAGAAGCUUGAUUGACAAUGCAGGUGACAAGCCAGUAUGGCAAAAAAUAGUCGACGUCUUAGAGAUCCAGUUUGAUGAAGCAGAAGCAGAACUCGAGCGCCUUCCUCCAGGCACGGUAUACGGAUGUAACGGCUAUAUGAGCACAAGAGAAACAAAGGAUGACUACGUGUCUGCUGUUUGUCUCUAUAAGAAGCAGUAA